AUGCGUUCCCAGAAUUAUCCUUUCAAAUCCUGUGAAGGAGAGCUGCAGGUAUCCGCCACUGUUCAUUGGUCUGAGGAGGCGAAGAAGGAUGGCUUGUACAGUAUAGCUCUCGCUUUCCAUGGGGGCGGCUUUGUUGUCGGCUCUAGACAUAUGCUGCCGGAAGAGCAAAUCCAGUACCUGGCAGAUGCCGGGUAUGUGGUCGUCUCGGCUGAUUACCGCCUCUGUCCGCAGGUGUCCUUGUAUGAGGGCCCGAUAGAGGAUGCCAAGGAUGCAUACAGGUGGUGCAAAUCGCAUCUUCCAGGACUGUUGAAGCAGGACGCCGGUUUGGAGGUGGAUGGUUCCCGAAUUGCAGUAUUUGGCCAUUCAGCCGGCGGAUGUCUGGCGUUGCACCUGGGCUCGCUUCCAGAUCCACCAUCUGCAAUUCUCGACUUUUAUGGUGUGAAGUAUACCACCGACCCAUUCUGGUUCCAACCAUUGCCAGCACUGGCAAUGAUUCCCCCUCUGGAUGAAGCCUUCCUGAAUCAAAUCUACCAGGAGCCUGUACUUUCUCACACAGGGCUUUCUUUAGAAGGCGCAUCCAAAACCAGAGAUCGACCAAAGACCAAGGGCCUUCCCAAGCCGGACCUGUCGGUUCCGAGGAAUGCAUGGCUUUUUAGUAGUCUGAAGAAUGGAACUCACUUCUCAUCCAUCGUUAAAGACGGUGAUUACCAGCGUGUGGACCCGGUGAGGUUGUUUUCUGACAAAUCUCCCCCGACAUUCUUUGUCCACGGCAACGCAGAUGGAAUGGUAUCCGCAAUAUUUAGUGUGAAGGCCCAUGAGGAAUUGCAGCGUCUUGGGGUUGAGACGGGAAUUGUGCUCCCUGAAGGAAAGAGUCACGGAUUCGAUGUUGGUGUUGGGCCCGAAGACGCCGAUUUUGCGAGCAUCCGUGCUGGCCUCGAUUUCUUGAUCCGCCAUAAGUAG